UCAUCGAUUCUGGUUGCGCCAGACAGGUUAGCCGAUGCGUCUCCAGUAGAAAGAGCGAGCUAACCGUCUUCAGCUACCUUACAAUUUAUCCCAUAAGAAGGAACAUUUUCCUUUAACAAGAAGCCCAGGCUGCGAAGACCCGCAAGAAAAUGAAGAAUCGGAUACAGUUUGGUUUUGUGCUGGUUUACUCGCUAGUCUCAUAUUUCUAUCCGUGCUCAGCCUUUUAUCUUCCGGGUUUAGCCCCAGUGAGUUUUUGCGAAGAUGGUAAAGGGGCUGAAGAUUGUCAGACAGAGAUUCAGCUGUAUGUCAAUCGCUUGGACUCUGUGGAGUCAGUCCUGCCUUACGAGUAUGACAUGUUCGACUUUUGUAAAGAUGCCAAGGAAAUUAGGCCUUCUGAGAACCUUGGACAGGUCCUGUUCGGUGAACGAAUUGAGUCUUCGCCUUACAAGUUCAAAUUCAAGGAUGAUAUAAAAUGUAAGACUGUGUGCAAAAAAACAUACAGUAAAAAAACCCAGGGGGAUGCAGCCAAACUGGAUUUCCUUAAGAUGGGAAUGCAGCUCAAUUACCAACACCACUGGAUCAUCGAUAACAUGCCAGUGACGUGGUGCUAUGAUGUGGAAGACGGCGGUCAGAAGUACUGCAACCCAGGUUUCCCCAUUGGCUGUCUUGUCACCAUAGAUGGUAGAGCUAAAGACGCCUGUGUUAUCAAUGCUGAAUUCAACAAGAAGUACACAUUUUAUGUCUUCAACCAUGUGGACAUCAAGAUCACUUACCACAGUGGAGCCUCAGAAGGAUGGAAAGGGGCGCGGCUGGUGGGGGCCACUUUGGAGCCAAAGAGUAUUAAACAUGCGGAUGAGAACUCUGUGAACUGUGAUGGAGGUAACCCAAUGGAAAUCCCUGGGGACUUUGACAAAGAUGUGUCGGUUGUUUACACCUACUCAGUCACAUUUGAGGAAAACAAUCAAAUCAAGUGGGCCUCCAGGUGGGACUAUAUUCUGGUCUCAAUGCCUCACACCAACAUCCAGUGGUUUAGCAUCAUGAACUCCUUGGUGAUUGUCCUUUUCCUGUCGGGUAUGGUUGCUAUGAUCAUGCUGAGAACCUUGCACAAGGACAUUGCCAGAUACAACCAGGUGGAUCAGGCAGACAUCAUAAAGCUUCCACCAACCAAGGAAAAAUCAUCUGUAAUCUAUGAGGAUGCACAGGAGGAGUCUGGAUGGAAGCAGGUGCACGGCGAUGUAUUCAGGCCCCCCAGGAAAGGCAUGCUCCUGUCUGUAUUCCUUGGACAGGGCACCCAGAUCUUCAUCAUGACCUUUAUCACACUCUUCCUUGCCUGUCUGGGAUUCCUGUCACCAGCCAACAGGGGGGCUCUCAUGACAUGUGCUGUGGUCCUCUGGGUCCUGCUGGGUACGCCUGCUGGAUAUGUGUCUGCACGGCUAUACAAAACUUUUGGAGGUGAAAAGUGGAAGACAAAUGUCCUGUUGACAGCGCUCCUCUGCCCAGGCAUUGUGUUUGCAGACUUUUUCCUGAUGAACCUGAUUCUUUGGGUGGAGGGUUCCUCUGCAGCAAUCCCCUUUGGUACUCUUGUUGCUAUUCUGGCCUUGUGGUUUGGAAUCUCUGUGCCCCUUACAUUCAUCGGCGCCUACUUUGGAUUUAAGAAGCAUGCAAUUGAACAACCAGUGCGGACAAAUCAGAUUCCUCGCCAAAUUCCUGAGCAGUCGUUCUUCACUAAGCCUAUACCUGGCAUAAUAAUGGGUGGGAUCCUGCCUUUUGGCUGCAUCUUCAUCCAGCUCUUCUUCAUUCUCAACAGCAUUUGGUCUCAUCAAAUGUACUACAUGUUUGGCUUCUUGUUCCUGGUAUUUAUUAUUCUACUCAUCACCUGCUCUGAGGCCACCAUUCUGCUCUGCUAUUUCCAUCUUUGUGCUGAGGACUACCACUGGUGGUGGCGUUCCUUCUUGACCAGCGGCUUCACAGCGGUCUAUCUGUUUAUUUAUGCUGUGCAUUACUUCUUUUCGAAGUUGCAAAUUAUUGGAGCGGCCAGUACUAUCCUCUACUUUGGUUACACAAUGAUUAUGGUCCUCAUCUUCUUCCUCUUUACAGGUACCAUUGGCUUCUUCGCCUGCUUCUGGUUUGUAAAUAAGAUCUACAGCGUGGUCAAGGUGGACUAGAGCAUUGAGGGGAAAUGACUGACUCCUUCCUGUCACAGAACUGGCCUCCUCAGCACUGGCUGUGAGAAAGCGGUCCAACUGGGCCUAAACUGAAACCAUCACUUAUCAUAAAGAACGACCCGAAGAACAGAGCCCGUCCUCUUUUGUGCUUUAAACCUCUGUUGCUUUUGUUUCUUUUUUUUUAAAAAUAUAUACAUUUUGUGUUCACUGUUGACCAGUAAUAUUUGGAGUGGCGCCUUGAACACCAGUGUGGAUUCCAGUUACCUAGUUGUCAUAUGAGCAGUUGGUUUUGGUUUGUUUAACAAGAAGAGCUGAAAUGUUUAAUGUUAAUUUUCUAAAGGAAGUCAGAUGUUCUGUAAUUUGCUUUUCUAUUCCCUUAUGGCUAAAUGUUUUGUUUUUCAUUACUUGUACUGUAACAAUGAUUAAAUGUGUGUAAAUAUACUGUAUAGAGAGCGCAAGUGAGAGAAUGCUACUUAAAGAUUGUCAUCAUUAUUGAAUCAUCUGUAGGAGUUUUCCUUUUUUUUCCCUUUCUUUUUGAGGUAAAAUGGGGCUAUAAAUCCUUAAAUAUUAGCCUGUAUUGUAGUUAAGAAAUUAUAUAAAACACUGUCUUUAUUAUGAUACAUGUCCAUUCUCUUAAUGGCUACAUUGAAGUUUGCAUAGAAAGGGUACACUUGGUUGAAAAGCACAUCUGUAUCAUAGAAUAUGCUACAGCUACAGUAUGUUGCACAUUUUAAGUAAUCUCUCAGUGAAUGCCUGAUUUAUUAGGCCACAGUGGAGAUUUUCACCUGGUUAAUCAUGACGCAGUCCAUAAAUGUAUUGACAAAGUACAUACGCACCGCUAAGAUGCACCCUUUUAGAGUUUAAUAGGUGGUUUGUUGAACUGUACAUAAAACACUGCUGCCUUUUGCUUCUAGCAGUGCGGGGUCAUCACCCAAGGUGAUAACGUUUUUACAAAUAAAAGAAGCAAUUAAUUCAAAACCAA